CAUUCGCAAAUCCCGCAAAGGAUGCCGGGAUUUAUCCGUGUUCAUGAAACAUGGCGGACAAAGAAGAUGAGCCGACGAUCGCUCAGGACUUGGUGGUCACCAAGUACAAAAUGGCUGGCGAGAUGGUCAAUAAGAUCCUGAAGCAGCUGAUUACCAUGUGCAAGGCUGGAACAACCGUGCUGGCCAUCUGCGAAGAAGGCGAUCGGCAGCUGGCAGAGGAAACAAGCAAAGUGUUCAAGAAGGAGAAGGAGCUCAAGAAAGGUAUCGCCUUUCCAACGUGCGUCUCUGUGAACAACUGCAUCUGCCACUAUUCCCCUCUCAAGUCGGAUGCAGAGUACAUCCUCAAGGAGGGAGACAUGGUCAAACUUGACCUGGGGGCCCACAUCGACGGCUUCAUCGCCGUGGCGGCGCACACAGUGGUCGUCGGGGCCGGACCGGACAACAAGGUGAAAGGCAAGCAGGCGGAUGUGAUGAAGGCAGCCUAUUACGCUGCCGAGGCUGCGCUGCGGCUGGUCAAGCCUGGAGGGGAGAACAACGCCGUGACUGAUGUGAUUCAGAAGGUGGCGGAGUCUUACAAGUGCAAGCCGGUUGAAGGAAUGCUGUCUCACCAGCUGAAACAGUACAGGAUAGACGGAGAGAAGUCCAUUAUCCAGAAUCCGACGGAAGCACAAAGGAAAGAACACGAGAAAUGCGAAUUCGAGCUUCACGAGGUGUAUGCCAUCGACGUCUUGGUCAGCACAGGAGAAGGCAAGGGGCGUGAAAUGAACACGAGGACAACAGUGUACAAGCGUACAGACGAGACGUACCUGCUCAGGAGCAAAGCUUCUCGAGCAUUUGUAAGCAUCGUGGACAAGCAGUUUGCUUCCAUGCCCUUUACGCUGCGUGCCUUUGAUGAAGAAGUGAAGGCCAAGAUGGGAGUCCUGGAGUGUGUCAACCACAAGUUGCUCGACCCAUUUCAAGUGCUCUACGAGAAAGAAGGAGAAUUCGUGGCGCAGUUCAAGUACACGGUGCUGCUGAUGCCGUCGGGGUCGCAUCGCAUCACGGGUGGCGUGUUGGACUUGGAUGUGUUUGAGUCGGAGUACAAGGUGGAGGACGAGACACUCAGUGCCCUGCUGAACCGCUCGGUUAUUGCCAAGUCGGCCAAGAAGAAAAAGAAGAAGGCGGAGAAAGCCGUGCUGAAUGCGGGCGACGGUGUGGGAGAGUCUCCGGCCGAGGCGGAUCAGCUGGCGGCCGAGGACUGAGGAGCACGGUGCCAGCCCAGGAACCCCUUGGCCCAAGUGGAGUGGAUGAGCACGGGCACCCCGGGCGACCAGCCUUCCCUUCAUCCUUUUAGUUUUGUCUCGACGGUGUUUUAUAAGAAAAGCAAGGCGCAAGGACCAUCACCAUGUCGUGGGCAGGCUGCCGUCGUCCCAGUACCCCGGCCUCGUCACGUUCCGGCCAGCGGCCACACCCGGACGAAAUAAAGCGACGUCUCUCGAGAUUCCUUCCUGC